AUGUCAGAACAACCAGCUGCUAAACGUCACCUUCGGCCCGCCGCUCCCUUACCUACCACCGCGGAGACGUAUGGGGUCAGACAUGGUUUGGCUCCAGAGUUGACUUUGGCUUUGGAGAACAUUGGGAGGAACAAGAGGCAAGUCGUUGCUCAAGGCCGUUCAUUCGUACGAUCACAAACCACCUCUGUACUUCCCAACCCACAUCUCGCCCUCCCAGCAUGGUCCGGACCAGGAGAUACUCCAAAAGAUAUCCCAAAACCGACAUGGCAAUCUGAGAACGAUACUCUCGAACAUGCUCGUGCUGUAUUACGCGAAUCCGGAAGACCGAACGAGCUUCAACCCUUCUACGCAACUAUUCUCGAAGACGACAAACCAGUGUCACCUUUCCAAACCGCUCCCCUGAGGCCAGAAGAGCAAUUACGUCCGACGAAACGGAAAGACCUCGAGGUGGGCUUGGUGGAUGCUGAACAAGGUCAUCCUGGGGUCGAUCUGAAGAGUGUGGAAAGAGAAGGGACAGAAGCGGAGGAUAUGGAGAUGGGGAUGCAUCAAAGCACUGAUAAACUGGGAGUGAGGCAAGACGAUUUCCCACCAGUCUUCGUCAGUCCGAAAAUCACUCAGCCGGAAUUAUUCGCCAAGCCGAUCUUUCCCCGAGCACCAGGUCCUGGAUCAGGAUCAGGGUUUAGAGAAGGAGUGCCAGGUGGUACCGGUGGACCAGGCGCGCAAAGGGAGAAGAAGGGGUUGCCAAGUAGGAUGAUGGGAAGACAACUGGGGAAAACGGUGUCGGCGCCAGUGUUUGGGGCAUGGGGAGGGAUGGAGGUAGAUGGAGGAGAAGUAGAGGGGGAUGGGUUUGACGUUGGUGAAUGGGCUAAAGGGGAGGACUUCUAG